AUGAUUUGGCGUACGGCGCUUUUGUGCCUUCUGAUUUUCUCUUUAGGCAGGGCUUUCUUUCACCUGCCUACCAAUUACAACUACGAUUUCUCGAGUUGUGUGGGAGCAACAUGUCGCAGUGGUCAAUCAGUGGCCUAUGGUUGCAUUAACGGAAACUGCACCUAUGUAUGCUCUGACGGUUUCUGCAGUGGGUAUAGGGGCUACCAAGGUGUUCUUCCUCCAAUGACGCAUAGGAAUCUUCUGAGGCCCUGGGGUUAUGGUGUUGUCAGACAUCAAGAUGGCUGCCAUGGAGGGAACUGCGGAUAUUGGGGAGGCUGCAUGAAUGAUUACUGCGGUGGCUACUAUGAUUUCCGAGGGUGCCAAGAAAUGGACUGCAGAAGUGGACCGUUUCACGGUUAUGGCUGUAGUGAUGGCAACUGUGGGAUCAUCUGCAACGGCAGAAACUGCUACAUCGAGAAUACAUACGGUACACCAAUGGGUACAAAACCGAAUGUUGCACGAAACAAAACAUUCGAGAACGAACCCAGAGCACCAUCAGUAAACAAGCCAUAUGAUAUUCGACAGUAUAGAAGAGGACUAGAAGAUCUUGGGGAAACCUUCAAGAGCAAAGAUAAGUGGAUGUUGAGAACCCUCAACAGAACCGAAAUCUUUGACUUGGUGAAAUCUUGGAUAAAGGAUGAAAAGGUCUUUAAUGAAAUGAAGCCUGAUGGAAAAGAAGUGAAAUUCAUACUAAAUGAAUUCAGGAAACGCAAUCGAAUGCAGACUCGUCUUGAACUGUGGAGAGAGGGGAAGAAAUCGCAGAUGUACUACAGUACGCUAUGUCCGUAUAAGCAAGAUCAGUGUUCUUACUCGAAUCAAUUCCCACUAAUGAUACCUUAUCAGCCAUGCCCUCAAAUGCUAAAUAGACAGUACACACCAAGACCAAUUAUGCCGUACCAGUCUCCAUUCUAUCCUCCACAAAGCUAUUUCAACCCGAGACCCUGGGCUCCAACUCAAUAUUGGCCUCCGAACCCUUAUGUAGCACAGCCACAGCCGAGGUCUCCACCUCCAGUAUAUAGACCGCCACCCGGAUGGGCACCUCCACAAGUGCCUGUUAACUGUCCUGGUGGAUGCCCACAUCCCAAGCUGCCUGUGUUACCUCCACCAUCUGUUAAUCCACAGGCUCCAAGGGCUCCCCCAUCAGCACGUAGGCACACACCUGGGUGGGGUCCUCCUAAAGCACCAUACGUUCCACAAUCUCAUUAUCAGAGACCACCGAUGAUACCACAACCUCCAGUGUAUCCACAUCCUCAUGUUGUGCCACAGUCUCCAUAUCAGAGACCGUCGAUGAUACCACAACCUCCAGUGUAUCCACAUCCUCCUGUUGUGCCACAGUCUCCAUAUCAGAGACCGCCGAUGAUACCACAACCUCCAGUGUAUCCACAUCCUCCUGUUGUACCACAAUCUCCUUAUCAGAGACCACGACAGUACUGGUUUCCGCCACAUAGGGUUCCACCUCCAAUGCAGAGGCCACCGAUGAUACCACGGCAUGGAGGAAAUCCAAGACCUCGAGGUUAUUAUACUGGACCCAAAGUAUCCAACUAA